UACGCGCACGUACCAAGCGUGCGCAUAGCGUAUAAGCAAGUGAAGAGUCAACGUACAUUGUGCGUUUAUGUGUGGGACUACACUGAAAAUUCCACAACUUUCGCUUAAAUUUAGUCAAAGAUGGCGUGUAUAUUAUCAAAUAGAUAGUGGUUGAAAUUGUUUUUUGAACUUCAUUAUAGCAACUACGCUCUCCAGCCACUGAUUUCGCUGAGUCUCUGCGAAUUGUUGGACUACGUAAACAUACGGACAUCAAUCAAGACUCCAAAACUGUCCAAGUCCAACCAAGCCACACGAGUUGACACUGUUAGAUAGUGUUACUGGCCUGUGCACGAAGUGAUUGCAUGCAUGCAAUUUCAAUUGAAUUGCAGACGAAGCGAAGAGUCGAAGAUCAGCUGGAAAAGGACACAAUAAUGCCUGUUAUUGAAAAUGUGGAGGACUUGAUGACAUGGCUAUCCAAAAAGUUGGAACCCAUCUGUGAUGCGGACCCUAAUGCCUUAGCAAAGUAUGUAGUGGCGUUGGCGAAGAAGGAUAAAAGUACAGAUGAGCUGAGGGCUACAUGCAUUGAUCAGCUUGGUGUCUUUCUUGUAAAUGAAACCCAGUCCUUCGUAGAUGACCUUUUCGUCGCUCUUGCCACAAAGUCUUACAUUCCAGGGGGAAGUGCCAAUAUUACAUCAGGAGAGGGCGGCAAACAAGAUCCACCAUCACAGCCUGUGGCAGCGGCUCCCGGUGGUGCCGACUUGCCGACCAGUACUGAAAUUGUAUCAACCAAAGAAGAGGGUCGAUCAAGGAGCUCCAAUAGGGAUGUGACUGGAGAGAAUGAUGAGAGGGAUCAUCGGCGGAGCAGCAGGAGACACUCGAGGUCACAUUCCAGGAGCAAGUCCAGGAGCCACUCCCCCAAGAACAGGAGUAGGAGCAGAAGUUACAGCCCAAGGAGAAGGAGAAGAGAUGAUGACCGAAGGAGGAGAGAUGAUCGGUUAGAUCGCUAUGGCCCUCGUCGGUAUGGAGACAGGGAUAGAGAUAGAGAUAGGGAUCGUAACAGGGAUAGAGACUUCAGAGAUCGAGACAGAGACCGGGACAGAGAUCGUAUGAGAGGGCGCGAUGGAAGAGACUCCAGCAGGUAUGACGAUCGAGGAAGAAAUCGCGAAAGGGACCUUGAUCGGGACCGCGAUGAGCGGUUGAAAGAAAAUAGCACCAAACCAUCGGCAAUCAGCAGCGUCAUCACUGUAGUGUCCAAUGAUGGACCUGAACCUGCACAGGGUUCAUCCAAGCAGGGAGAACAACCUGUACAGAGGAUACGACAGAGAUGUAGAGAUUAUGAUGAAAAGGGAUUUUGCAUGAAAGGAGAAUUUUGUCCAUACGAUCAUGGCAACGACCCUGUAGUUGUGGAGGAUAUAGACAUGUUCAGACCGCCUCCAAACAUGGAUGCCCGACCACCAGUGCCUUCAAUACCCCCUGCUCCACAACCUCCUCUUCCCCCGUUACCCCCUUCUCAGCCCCCUCCACCCCUUCUACCCCCCUUCAACAUGCCCCCACCUGGGUUCCCACCCACGACUGGGAUGCCCUUGCCCCCUCCACCGAGAAGUGUGCCUCUUCUUCCCCCUGGAAGGAUGCAUGGGCCACCAAGACCCAACGGACCGCCCCCUGGACCCCCUCCCGGGUUACCCCCACACAUGAGGAUACCACCACCCCCGACAUCUGGAGGACCGCCUCUUCCCCCGAUGCCUCUUCAGAUGAACAGACCCCCUCCUCCUCUACCUCCUGCACCAGAUGCUAUUAUACCACCACCAGUGCCUCAACCUCCAUCUUCACCUCCCAGGGAAUCCAGUCCUCCUCCACCACCAUCAGACUCUAAGAAUUAUGUAUCUUCUCAAGAUUUUCAGAUGGAAGGGUACAACCCCGAAGACCCUAGCAUGGAGGUUCAGGUAGAUUACUUUGGGGGCAACCGAGCCCCAAGGCAGGCCUCAUCGAACCUAAGAACCUUAGUAGGCAUCCAGACAGUCCCUACAACCACAAGGGAAGAAUUGGAAGAGAUAGGCGCCCUGACGAACAAGGAUUCCUCUGAUGAAGGUCAAAGUGAAAGGAAGGUUAUCGAUCUCACCACUGGCCAAAAAGAUGAGGGUGUCCAAGAGGAGCAGAGACGAGCUGUGGUGAAGAGUGAUGACAGCGCCAUGGGGUAUCCACUGAAGAGGCCUUUCAACCAGAGUACUGGCGGACCUGGCACCGGUGUUGGUAUUGGUGGUGCAGUUGAUCUCAGGGCAAGGAUCGGAGGGAAGGGGAAGGGAAGAUUUGUGCCAAACAACAGGAUCCUGGAGGUGCGCAAGAUACCCAAGGACUGCAACAAUAUCACCAAGCUCAACGAGCACUUCAGCAAGUUUGGCAAUAUCGUUAAUCUACAGAUUGCAUAUGCUCAGGAUUUAGAAGCAGCAUUGGUCACCUUCUCAACUCAUUUAGAGGCCAAGAAAGCUUACCAGUCCACAGAGGCAGUCUUCAACAAUCGCUUUGUCAAGGUCUUUUGGCAUAUACCUCCUGAGAACACAGCAGGGGAGAAUGAGCCAAAUCAACAAACCAGAAAACCUGCCAAGCAACGAAUACAAUUACCUACCAAAAAGCAGCUGACUGUUGUUAGGAACCAUCCCACUCCAUCAGAUAAAGUGGUCGUCCAACCCAGUAACUCCACCUUGACCAAGACAAUCAUCAACCCCAAGGCUGUGGCCAUCAACCAAAGACUGGUCACGGUCCAGAAUAACCUGGCCAAUGCCAAGAAGGCCGCAGCGGCCCACACUUCGGCCUCGGUAGCCAGGAAGCUUGCUGCAGCCCAGGAGGCAGUUAGGAAGAAGCAGGAGGAGGCUAAGAAGCUAGUAGCCAAGAAGCAGAUGGAGAUCCAGAAACAGAAGCAAGAGCUGAUGAAUGGGUUCAUCCAGCAACAAAAGAUCCUAAUUGCAAAGUUAGAGCAGGGGAAAUCUACCAUAACAACCUUGAAGAGAGCUGAAAUCAUGAAGUCAAUUAAGAUGUUAUCUGAGAAUAUUGAGAAGACCAAGAAAGAACUUAUGGAUGCGAAGCCAAAACCAAAGGAUAAGAAACAGGCUGAGAGGGAGCUACUAGACACUGAGUUAGACCUCUACAAUCAACAAUCAGAGGGAGGGGAUACCUCAGAGCUAAGAAAGAGAGUCGAUGAGCUGAGAAGAGAGGCCCAAGCCCUUGGUCUGUUAGACAAUGCUGGUGGAAGCAGGGGGCGUGGCAACCCAAAGUCAAUCCGAGGUCGUGGACGGGGUCGUGGGAGUGCCUUCGUUGCAGCCAGGAGGCGGAGCUCCACCACACACAAAGUGGUGGACAAAAGACCAAGAGGUCUCGUGGUUGGAGGUUUUGCACCUGAGGAUAAAGACGAAGUACUGGUCCAUUUUAGUAGUUUUGGCGAGAUUGACAAUGUAGAAUACAAUGAGGAUUCCGGAACAUAUGUUUUAGAAUUCAAAACGCGGCAAGAAGCUGAGUUGGCUGUAGCUAAAGGUUAUCAGUUCAAGGGUGAUUCGUUGAGUCUAGCCUGGCACAAACAGCAAGAUCCCACUUCAGAGAUGGUGGAGGACGCUGUAGAUCCAGGAGAAGAACUCGAAGAGGAAGAGGAGGAGGAGAUGGAAGACGAGCUCGAAGAUGAUCUGCUCCUGGUCGAUGACGAGGAGGAAGAGGAUGAUGAGGAAGGACGAUCAUGGAAGCGAUGACGAUUACAGGAAAUUAAAUGCUUAUUCUGAGUGCAAAAUAUUGAACACUACAUUAUGAAGCCGAUGCCUUGCUUUAAAAGGGCAUGUAGCCACUAUUGACAUUAUUGGAUCUAAUAAGGGCCUCGUGACACAAAGCUCUACAAUUGAUUGUAGGAUUUAUUUCUUACAAUAUUUAAUUUGUACAUGUAGUUGUGUGCAAGCUGUCAUUAAAUUAGUUGUUUGAUCAAUCAAUAAGUUUUGUAUUAGAGACGCCUGAAUACUUGAACCUUGAACCAUUGUUUAUCAAUAUCCAAAGAUGACUGGUAGUGUUUUAAUAUUUAAAGAUCUGUCCCACAAGUUUUUUAAGUAAGGCAGAUUUGAAUAAUGCUUUUCAAGACAACUUCAACUGGGAAAAUGCACUUUGCAUGCUCUGAAUGGCUCAGGCAUUGACGAUUGUCUAAAAUAGCACAAAUUUCUUUCAAAUAUAAGUCAUCUUCUUGGACAUUCAAUAGUUGAACCGUUCAGCAGAAUAGCCUGUGUAUAGAGAUAUCACCAUUGAUGGUGCCAAAUACAGUUCUCAAUUAUAGAAGUUUGAUGACCAGUCUUGUCUAAGGAUUUUAUCUUUUGUACAAAAGAGAAUAGAAGUUUAAUUACAUCGGAAUCGUUCUCAGAUACUCUCCUUUGGAUAUUAGAUGAUCUUUAGAAUGAUAUCAUGGGUUGAACCCUACCAUGUUUCUGCAUCAGCAAAAGGUAAUAUAGAUAGGUAUCCUUCAGGGUUGUCCCUUGUCGCUAUUCACUUUUUGAGGGUUGAAAUUUUAUUGCCCAACUCCUUGUAAUAGAGCUUCAGGGGAACCCAAACGCAAUAUUUUUCAGGACUUAAACAUUGAGAAUAUCGUUUUGUUAUAAUUUUGUUUGCCAGUCGAUAAACUAGCGCUUGUCAUAAAUUUUUAUGGGGGAGGGGGGUGCCAAUGGGUGUCGACCACUGCAAUGGUAACACUGGUGUCCUUCAUAGCAAGGGUGUUAAAACCCUCAUAUCUCAACAUUUUGAUAUUUAUAGGACAGCUCAGAAUAAGCUGUAAGUUUUGAAAUGUGGAAAUACGAGCAAAAUCAUAAUUGUUUAGAAACAGUCGCCUAAUUCUGAACAUUAUGGCAGAUUUUUGGGGGCUUUAAAAGUGGUCAAAAUGAAGCCAUGACCUUUGAAACACUACAUGUAGGUAAUUAAAAUGGUCAAAAUUGAACCUUUACCCAUUAGAAACUUCACAGGUAAUCUGUGUAUCAAAGCUAUGGGACUUGGGAUGUUUCCCUAUGUGGUGUUACAUUCUACAUUGAAUAUCAUAUUGUCACAGGUGUCCUAGGUCCAUAUUAGGUCAAAUGAUGUCAAUUGUCUUACCCUUUUCUAUCAAAUAAAUCAUACAUUUGUACUGAUAUCAGGAUUUUGAGAUGUAUUUCUUGACAUGAUUGUGUAAUAGGACUUUUUGGUAACAAAAUGAUAAUUUGCAUUUCUACUUUAUAAUAUCAUCUGUUUCACAGAUGUAUUGGACAAAUUUUCAAAGCCUUAAGCAUUCAAAACAAUAGAUACAACUGUCUGAAAUUUAUCUGAGAUCUGCCUAUUACACGUUAUGAAUUGGGACAAAAACAGAGCUUAUUCAUAGGCAAUGAUGCAAUACAUUCAGCCUAUGACAAAUUGAUGGCAUUGUGAAAUUAUGAAUCAUGGUUUUGGCAGUGGUUUAGACUGUUUCCACCAGAGUCAAAUUUGUAUGACUGAACACGUAAAAUUUUGUUGUUAGAAAAAUGUCGCUAAACUGGAUUUGUCUUUAGAAUUCUGAAUCGAGUCAUGGCAUAAACCACAUGUGCAUAUAUAUAUAUAUAUAUAUAUAUAUGUGUGUGUGUGUAUAUAAAAGGAGAUUGACUUGUAUUUUAGGGUCAUGUGUCUCAUGCCACUUUUAAACAAACUUAGAUCUUUUUUAAACAGCCCCAUUCCUCCCCCCUCCCCGAAAAACAUCCACACCUGGAUUUGCCAUCUUAUUUAAAACAAAAGGCUAUAAGUGAUCAGUUCCUGCACAUUUGGAAUAUUGCAUGGCAAUUGAUAUCAUCUUAACCGUUUUUGAAGUAAUAUUUUACACAAUGGUCCAUAAGCUACAGUAAGCUUAUUUUCUUGAUUUUUUUUCUGGUGCAUUCUCUUCAAUUUCUUAUCAAUGAAAUACUUUGUUUGAAAAUACUAAGAAAUGGUUGUUUUCUUUUGAUAUGUGUUUUCUCCAUAUGAUGGGAUGAUUUUUUUUUUGCAUGUUAUUUUUCAAUUAUAGUGUGUUUUCAUUAAUAGGUAUUUCAAUAUUGAUUUUCAAUUUCAAAUCUUACCAAGGAACACCAGUGCAGUAUCAUAUAUUGAUAUUGAUAUCAAUAAUAGACAAGAAAUGAGCAUUGUUGGGAAGAUGAUAUUUUAGAUAUGAAAUAGCACUUGAAGUCCUAGAUAAUUACCUGUCUUGACUAGUAGUACUUACACACAAAUGUUGCUCUAAAAAAAGUUACUUCAAGACAUGUUUAUUCUUCGCAAUGCUCUUAAAAUCUUUCCUUUGAAUUGAUAACAUUCAAAUGAUUGUCUAGGAAUUUGAUGAUGUACAUGUAUGUUUCUUAUCUAAACAUUUGUUCAGAAAUGACUUUGGAUUGGAUACUUUUGCUCAUUUUUUAUUGAUGAUAUGUUUUAAUGAUGCUAGGAUUUUAAUGGAUUCAUGGAAAAAAGAAAUCUUUGGAUAUAUAUGCAAAUUUAAUUAGGCAUAUGGAUCUAGGCUAAAGUCAUUUCUCAUGCACUGUUUUUACUAUUGCAUGUACUUGUAGUUAAACAUGAUAUAACUGUACCAAUUUUGUAAAAUCUGUUGAAAUGUAUAACUAUGUUUGAAAAGAAUAUCAAAAAGAGAACUCUAGACUAAAUAAAAAAAAAUACAAUUAUGUUUUCAACUGAAGAAGAAAUAAAACAAAAGAAAAACCUGAUUUUGAAUAA